AUGGCGCAACCACUGGUGCAGCCGACGCUGCUGGACGCCCACACCAAGCUGCUAUUCGAGUGCAGUACGUUCUCAUCUCACGCUGUCGGCUAUGUGCAGAAGGCCAAGGACUUCUCAUCCACCGCCAAGGGCUUUCUGGGCGACCUGGACUCGUUCAUAAUAGACACAGGGCUGCCGUCUGCCUAUCGCCAGGCCCCGGGUCCGCCGCCGAACGCGGCCGCUGGCAGCCAAGCCCGUGAGCGCGGCGCCGCGCGCACGACUGGCAAGACGCCGCGGGCACUGGCGGGCGCCCCAACCGCCCAUGUUGCUGCGGUCCCCAUUGAGCUUCCAAGCGGUUUUGAAGAGCUCUUCAGGCACAAAGAGCAGCGGCGGGCGAUCGCAGAGGCCCGGGACGCGGUGUCGUCGGCGGUGGAGGACCGGCUGGUGCAGCCGUUUGAGCUGUGGCUGCGUGUGUACAAUGCAGCCAAGGAGGCACAGCCCAGGGUGGAGAACCUGCGGCGCGCCUACGACGCGCAGCGCGUGCGCCACGAGGCCGCCAGGAUCGAGGUGCAGGCGCAGGAGGCGCGGAACCCCCUGACGCUCGCGCCAGGGGCCGCCUCCGGCUACGCGUCCGAGACGCUGGCCGACGCAGCGGUUGCGGGCGGCGCCGCCCUGAGGGAGCCCGCCGAGGCGGCGGUGGGGGCGCCGGCCACGCGCGUGAUGGCCCAGGAGGCGGCCGGCGGGCAGCUGGCGCCCGUGCCGGCCGUGGCGGAGCGCACCGAGCUGUACAAGCUCGAGGCUGACGUCACCAACGCCGAGCUGGAAUUCCAGCAGGCAGAGGGGCAGGUGACCGGCCACGAAACGCUCGGGAGGCGUUGGUGCAGGCGUGAUCUGCAGGGUCUCCUUCGGUCAUAG